AUGAAUUUCAGACUAGUUGAAACGGAAACUUUGAAAUAUUCCAUAACGUACACGGCACACAAGACCUCUUCCCUGGUAAAAGUCCACGAUUGUAAAAUUUCCCCAUGCGUUACAACCUCGUUUUUUCUGAUGAUGAACCACAUUCGCCGCCAUCAGUCGCGCUUGUCAUUGUUUAAGUGUGAAAACCCCCUUGAUUCUUACCAUUGCAAACACUGCAAUUUUCAAUCCGAACUAACGUUGCUUUUCAAGCAACACACUAAAGAACAUCAUGGAAUUAAACACGAAAACGACGAUUUAAUCCUACAAUACAAUAAUCAAAAGUAUGUUUGUUGUCAACAAUGUAACGAAAAAGCCGGUUUGAAAAAGCACGUUAACGCACGACAUGUAGACGACCUUGACAGCAAAUGGUACAAAUGUAAACAGUGCUCAUUUAGAUGUAAACACAACUCAUCUUUGUCUCGACACGUGAACCGUUGUCACUUGGACGAAAACGACGACAACUGGUAUGAAUGCGAACAGUGCCCGUACAAGACUAGAAUCAGUUUGAACUUAAAGCGUCACCUAAUAAACCAACACUCGAAUGGAAAAAGUAUCACAUGGUAUCAAUGCAACGAGUGUCUAUUUAAAACAACUUUCGAGGGGGAUUUACAGAAACACGUGAAAACGCGACAUUCGAACCGACACGACAUCAAAUGGUACAAUUGUGAAAAAUGCGACUACAAAACUGAAUACCGGCAAGCUUUAAAUAAACACGUGAAUGCGCGCCACUUGGACGAGGACGAAAUCGAGUGGCACCACUGCACUCUGUGUCCUUUCAAAAGCAAAGACAAAAGCGACGCGAAAUGGUACGAAUGCGAACAGUGCUCAUUUAGAUGUAAAUACAACAAGUCCUUGACGAGACACGUGAACGUUUGUCAUUUGGACGAAAAGGACGGCAAGUGGUAUGAAUGUCAACAGUGUCCAUACAAAACUAGAGAGGCUUCGACCCUAGCGAAGCACGUGAAAUCCCUGCAUUCGGAACAAUAUGACAUCAAAUGGUUUGAUUGUGAAAAGUGCCAAUACAAAACCAAAUACCCUCAGUCUUUAAAGAAACAUAUAAAUCGGCGCCAUUCGGACGAGAAUGAAAUCAAAUGA